CCUCUCCAUGCAGUAUCCAGCACGGGGAUUGUGGGUACAAUUUUAACUUGAGACAAUUUGUAGCUACUAGUUGAUGUUAGUUUGGUUAUUUUUACACCAUUUUGUGGUUGUUUCACCUUAAUGCUGACAGACUUGAAUGGUCCCCCAUAUAAAUAAAGCACUACACGAAUGCAUUGAGAGCAGCGUUUGCAUUAAAGCAGCUCGGUGAUUGUGAUCAGCUGUAGGCCCAGGACAGCGCGGCUCUCUGUCGGAGGUACCAGGCUAAAGGCUAAAGCAGCUCAGAGGCUGUAAUCCCCGUAUGAAACCAUCAUGGCUGCCACUCGCUGAGCUGUCAAGCUCUCCACAAAAGAAAAGAAACCUGAAACAAAAACAUGGAUUCAGUGGAUAUUUGCGCAACUACCUCCAGAGGAGAUAACAAACGGCGCGUCAACAAGAAGAAUAGAGAUCGGCACAAACGGCUCCACCUCAGGAAAACUGCCGCUCUGCCUCCAACUAUGCAAAGUGAAGAUAAGAGUGGCCCAAAGAAGAUAGCAGAGUGGGAGCAAAGCACAGUGUGGCCUUCAUCAAAGAAGUCCCCCCAGAAAGCACAGCAGGCUCAGACAAAUGACAGCGGAAAUACACUCAGGUUCACAUGCUCUCAAUGUAGGGACAACUUGGAAUAUGUUCCCAAAGACUUAGUGAAACACUUUGAGGAAAACCACAAAGGGAGCCCACCAGUUUUUUCCUGUCAUACGUGUACUUUCAGUACGCAAGUGUUCUCCUACCUUCAGGUUCAUCUAUUAAGCCACAAGGACACUUUUUCUAGUUGCAGCAUUUGCAAUGACAACGUUCAGCGCACGUGGCCUGAAUUCAGUGCACACUUGACUACGUAUCACCACCAAAAUGGCAAAUACUCAUGUGAAAUGUGUCAGAAAUUCUCCACAGGUGAUGUUAGACUAUUUUUAGAGCACAUGUACGCACAUAAUUUGGGCCUGGAGGGAGCUAAGGAUCUAUCGCUGCAUACAAAGGGCAAGAAUAAGUUUGGGCCUAAAAAAACUGAUCAAACUUUACGUUGUCGGCACUGUGGCUAUGAGGCCUCUCAGAAAUGGUUGAUUACUAAGCACGUUAAAGCUGUCCAUGUUUGUCAGAAUGGUAAUCAGAGGAAGAAGAAGAAGAAGAAGGAGGAGGAGGAGGUUUGUUCCAUCGCAAUGAAACCAAAUGACCCAAUCCCAAAAAUCAAGCCUAGAUUAACGAGAAGUGCAGUUAGGGAAAUGUGCUGGCUGACGCAGGACUGCCUUUCUCUGCCAGGGAGAGAGUUCCUGGAUAAAUACUGCCAUCUGUCAGAUCCACAAACUACACUAGAGGAGACGCAACAGUUUUUGAUGAAGUCUGUUGCCGGGGAAAACGGUGACCAGAAAUGGACCAAGGCUCUUAAAACGGUUUGGUCAAAUGUCCCUCAAGAUGUGACUCUUCACCCAAAGUCAGAGAACGGCAUUGUGUCGAACUCGUCGGAUCUCACCGUCCUGACUGUCAAGAACAAGAUAACUGUGGCUCAGAACGGCGCUACUUACGCCAAAAGGUUGAAAACGAUGACAUCAUCACCUUCAUCAUCAGACAAGGAAACGGUUUCCCCUGAAAGUGCUCCCGAUGACGCUCGUCGUGCAGUUGACCAAAAUGGAUGUCGGUCAGAGUCGAAGGAUCGUACACCUUGUCCGCAGACUGACGCCAAACUAAAUAAUGACGUCUCAACGCCAGCCCAGAGCGAGCCACCGGAGUGCACUCAAAUGCAGGAAAACCGAGAGAAUCAGGAAUUAAAGACCGAUCAGGGAAUUCAGAAACAUAGUAACAAACCCGUGGAGCCUAUGCACGAGGAUGGGAUUAAUAUCACCAGUGAAGUGAAGUUGACGAAUGAGAGCGAAGAGCAGACAUCCGUUUAUAAAGCUGCACCGAGAAACAAGAAACUGAGACGAAAAAGAAGGGCCAGAUCUAGAAGAGCGGAUAAAAGGUCAUCGGGUUUGGCCUUAAAGAUAGUGUUGAAGAAGAAUCCAGUGAAGGAGAAGCAGUGGGUGUCGCAAAGCUCUUUGUCUCCAUCAGCAGGUGGUCCGACGGAUGACCAUCAUGGACCGCCAAGCCCUCACACGAUGCUGGAGGAGACGGCGCAGAUUCUCCCCAACCCGCUUCUAACGGGAGAACACCAGAAGAAGCGGACCAAAGCGUCCGAGGCCGAUCCGGACGGCCCCUCUGAAGCCAUGACUUUGAGUCCACAACCAAAGCCGGGGGAAGAACCAACCCCCGGUUGUGCCGCAAAGCCAACAGCGUCUGAAAAUAUGGACGGAAACACGCCCGGUGUGUCAUCGACGCAAGACGACGCAGACAAGUCCCUCUCGGAAGCAGAAGUCGACGAGAGCGGUUCAGCCUGUAAGACGGGCCAGUCAGAUUGGACGGCUGCAGCUGAGACCGAAGUACAGAAGGGCCCCGAAAACGCUCCGCUCCCAACAUCGGGCAGCGGCACGGACUGCUACCUGUCAGGCGACGAGAUGGCCGCUGAUGGAGCGACGACUCGUAGCAGUUGCACCAUGUCCUCCCCUGUUUCCCACCCUGUUGUUACAGCAGAGGAUAAGCUGAACUCUGAAGAUUUGAGCCUUGCUCCGUCUUCACAGCCCAGCGAUGAGGUUGCUGAGCGGGUGAGAGGCAGAGAGGUGCCCGCUGACUCCUGCCCAGACGUCCAACCGGAGCCCUCGCCAGCCUCCGGGCGUCGGUGGCAGACGCUCCCAAAGAACCUGGAGAGGACCCUGAAGUUAGUAGCCGUGAAUCCCUCUCAGUUGGUAAAGCGCCCGGCGGGAGACCAGCCUGUUGUGGUGCUAAAUCAUCCCGACGCCGACAUCCCCGCGGUGGCCAGGAUCAUGGAGGUCAUCAACCGGUACAGAGGGGAGGUGCAGAAGGUCGUGCUGUCACGGAGGACCGUGAACGCGCUCGCAGCGGUGGACGGCGAGGCCCCCGGGGCCAACGAGCCAACGGAGGCCCCAACCGAUUCCGCGGGCCACGCCAAAACCUCUGUGCGGGAGCGAUUCAUGUUGAAAUUGAAACUCCGUAGGUUGAGCAGGAAAAAGUACGAAGUAGUCGGCGCAGUCUCUCCCAGCAGGGAUGUCGCGACCAAGUUUCGCUGCUGGUUUUGCGGCAGGGUCUUUGCAUGUCAGGAAAUGUGGAUGGUCCAUCGGCAGCGACAUCUGAUGGAGUGGAAAAGGCCAGACUGUGAAAAACUCUUAAAUGUCGCACACACUGGAUGACCAAAAACUAGUCUGGAAAAUGAUGACUUUGCAAUAUAACAAUAAUGGAAACGGUGAUAGCCAGUCUCAGUUUUUUUUAUUAUUAUUAUAUAUAUAUAUAAAAAGUCUUAAUUAUGAUUGGUUGGUUAUGGGAGAAUCAAAUGAUUAUUACGCCUCCCUGGAGGGUUCACAUUCUCAGGGUAAACAUUUACCUAUCAUCUAUCUCCCAGUCAGAGUAGCUUGAUACAAAGUAUUUGUACAUUAGGGAUUUAUUUGUAAAGCCACACAGACAUGGUGUGGAUAAUUUAGGUCUUUGUAGUGUUUGUAUUUUGUGUACGCUUUAUAAUAGCUUUAUUUAAGGUGAUUUCAGCACACUGUCUUAUGGAUUCUUUUAUAGAACACUGUCAUAUGUAUAUUUGCCAUACUAUCUGAAUCAGUUUAUGUACGGGUAGGCUCUACAGUGUGGUAGCUAUCAUAUUUAUGUUUUUGGAAUGGGACGCAGAGACCCACAAGUUAACUCAGAUAUACCAAAACUGUGUGUUUUAAAGAAAAAAAAAAGAAGAAGAAAAAAAAAAAGACAAGCUGUUUUAUUCUACGUUUAUUUAUGACUCAUAGGUUUAGCCUUUAUAUGUUUUUCUUUAGGAUUUAUUUUUGGGCCAUUGAAAGAAUCUGUGUAUUUGUAAAAAUGUUGUAUAAAAUCCAAAUUAUGUUCAAAUAAUAGUAUUAAAGGACAAAUGCGCGGGCAAAAUGAACCUAGGGGUUAAUAACGCACGUGUACCGAGUCGACUGUUCUCUGGGAUUUGUUUUGAUGCUAAUUGAAUGGGACCAGUUUUAUUACAAACCGCUAAUUAGCUAAUAACUGCCUGUAUACGUGAAGGUACAGUCUUUCUAAACUAUCUUUUUAUUAA